AUGUUACCAAGAGAAAAGUCUGAUGUGAAAAGAACAAAGAAGGUACACACGUACCCAAUACAACAACUACCGGAGGGAUUGAAAGUUGAUGGAGAUACGGAGAUCAAGACUCAAGAGACAAUCACUACCACGAAAGUAUGCCACCACGACGGUGCACCAGAGGCCCUACCAUCCAGUAGAGUACCGAUUUGUGAACAUAUAUGCCCAUUUGCGCUUGUGCCCUGCGUGACUGGAAGCCGGUCCAUGUCAGUACCGAGGCAUCUCCGACAGCCCAAAGACCCUUAUCGUCCUCCUAAGAGGGCAGUUUCUGUAGCAAGUUCUGCUAGAACGCCGGUAUAUCAACGUGGUCGUCCUCAGCACACAACUUCACACCUGCCAUCUGCAGAAACCAUCACCAAACCAAAGAGAAAAGAACUGCCUUCUAAACCAAGGUCGACCUCAAAAGCUAAGACGCCGGUAUAUCAAAGUACUCGUCCUCGACACACAACUUCACACCUGCCAUCUGCAGAAUCCACCACAAAGAGAGAAGAAUUGCCUUAUGAAACAAGGUCGACUUCAACAAAGUCACGAAGUGCCAAGACACCUAUAAAAUCACCUAAAUCAAGGCGUACUCCAGAGAUACGAAGUCAACUAGCACCAUGGGGUACGUCCGCUGAAGUCUGUUUUCAAGAUGCUCCGCCUGUGAAUCCAGCAUUUCUCGAAAGCACCUCUACACAAGUGGGAAAACCCGUAGAGAAGCCAAAAACACCGAGAAAGUCCCCGAGAAGGAAGAAAAGGAAAAGGAAGGAUCGUCACGGAGAUUUGAAAAAAACGGGCUCAUACUUGGACCUGACCUCGAAGUAUGCCGUGGCUGGUAGAAAACAAAAGCAAAUAUCCUCCUCUACGGCACAAUCGUCUCAGGACAAAUUGUUAAGCGGUACGCCUUCUGGUGUCUCAGGAGAACUUCCGCUAGAGAUAUCAACGAACGAUAUGCCGUCUUCAGCCACAGAAACAUCGCAACGAUCAACUGCAUCAGAGCCGAAGUUCAUAUUUAAAGUCCAUAAACCCAAAAAAGGAGAAAGGAAGCCGUCGAAGAAAAAAUAUAAGGAAACGGGAAAACGGGAAUCAGAUCAUAAGCUAGUUGAAAAAAGUGAAUCGGACCUGAGCCAGACGGACCAACCUCCUGAAGAGGCUGAGCGAAAGCGACUACCGCAAAAAUUGGAUUAUGUACGUUAG